AUGACUUCAAAGGGUACAGUGGCGAUAGAGGAAGCAGUAGUCAAUCCUGACGACAUUGCCUGGCUAGCCGAGACGGGGGCGCUCUACGCUCCAAGCAAUGCAUCGGGUCAAUCCUCUCACCACGCUCUUACCCAGAAGCUUGCUGACAUUCAUGAUCAACGUCUUCAACGCAUGGAUGCUGAAGGCGUCGACUACAUGUUACUGUCAAUAACAUCGCCAGGCUGCCAGGGCGAACCAGAUGCCACAAGGGCAAACAAGCUCGCCGUCACAUCAAAUGACUGGCUCGCUCGUGAAGUGGCCCGCAAUCCGAGCCGUUUUGGCGGCCUGGCAGCUUUAUCCAUGCAUGAUGCCACCGAGGCCGCUAUUGAACUAAGGCGAGCUGUCAAGGAGCUGGGCAUGUUCGGCGCAUUGCUCAAUGACUUCCAGAGCAGCGGUCCUAACGGUGCGGGAACGAAGUACUACGACGGCGAUGAGUACCAUGUUUUCUGGAAAACUGUCGAAGAGCUCGACGUUCCCGUCUAUAUGCAUCCACGGUACCCACCAGCGCCUGAACUUCAGCCGGAUGGAAAGUAUGGACCGAGAAAGCAUUUGAUCGGCGCUGCAGUCCAGUUUCAUUUGGACCUCAGUUUUCACAUUUAUGCGCUGUGCUCCAGUGGAAUAUUCGACCUGUUUCCUCGGGCUCAGAUCGUGGCUGGACAUCUAGGGGAAGGUAUUCCGUUCAAUCUUUGGCGAGCAGACCAUUGGUACAACAAGCCCGUCAAAAAAGCAACACGGCCAUCGAAGCAAGACUACAGUUACUACUUCACUCACAACGUCUCUAUUACCACUUCAGGGAACUUCUCGACUGAUGGAUUGAAGUUCUGUCUCGGCCAGGUUGGGGUAGACAGGUGCUUGUUUGCAAUUGAUUACCCAUACGAUACAAUCGAAGAGGCGCAGACUUGGUGGAAAGGGAUUGAUUUGCCCUUGGAACAGAAACAACUUGUGGGCAGGGAGAAUGCAAUUAGGUUGUUCAAGCUCCCAUUAGAGCCAUAG